ACGCCCAUCAGUCACUUUUUACUCAUCAGAACAGAAUGUGUGAAAUGUUAGACCCAAUCUCUGCCAAGUGUUUCACCGGAAGGGAGAUAAAGUUUUAAAAAUUCUACAGGACUGAAAAAGAGGUCAUUUGGUUCAGGUUUCAAACGUGACAAACCGGUUCAGGGACCGCCUCAAAAGUCCUAUAAAAGCACAGCCUCCAUCAUCCAAAUUCAGAUUUCAACGAGAAGAACUCAAAGAGAGGACGAGAAACAAAACAACCCAGAGGAACUUAAAUCUAAACGCCAAGAUGAUGAUGCAGCAGCUGUCAGAAAGCACCAACCAGAAGAACUCCCUCCUGAACGCCAUGAACCGCUUCAUCGGCGCCGUCAACGACAUGGAUCAGACCAUCCUGCUGCCCAGCAUGCUGCGGGACGUCCCGCUGGAGGAGGAACGGGAGAUGGGCGGCCUCAAGUCGGACGAAGACGAGGGGGACAUGUACAGCUACUACGAGCUGCUCAAGUCCAUCCGCAGCGACAUGGAGUGGGGGGUGCGGUGCGCCUGUGCCGACGAGAGCCGCAAGGAGAGCAUGAAGAUCACUCGCUCCCACUCCUCCGCCUCCACCUGCUCCUCCGCCUCCUUUUUGUCCGGCUCCUGCUCCGAGGAGGAGGACGAGUGCGAAGAUGAGGAUCUGAAGAAGCAGUUCCAGUUCCACCUGACCGGACUGCAGGGGGUUCUGUCCAAGCUGACCGAGCAGGCCAACUCACUCACCAAGCGCUACAAGCAGGAGAUUGGCAUCGCAGGAUGGGGCCAAUGAGAUCCACACAGAAAAAAAAAACAUUUUUCUAAAGUCUUCUCGGCUGAACUGAACUUUUUAUUUUCAUUUUCCCUCAGUGCUGCUGAUGCUGUCAUCUAUCUGUUGAUGAAGAAGGCGGCAGUUUUAUGCUUUUGGUCCUGAUGAAAGCAGGGAUGUUUCUUUUGUUUUGCACACUUGAUGUACUGUGCACAUUUUACAUCCAGGUCAUAUCAAAUGAAACUAUUUAAGCCUCUAUUUAAUAUAUUUAUUACAAAUGUGUACUAUAGAGUUAUAUAAAUGUUUCUGAUGUGGGGAAGAAGGACCGAACAAGACUGGCAAAAGAUUUGACAUCUCUACCUUGAUGAUGAUGAUGAUGUCAAUGAGUUCACAUGGAUUCUUCCUUCACUGAUUCUUUCAAUCUGAGGCAUUGUUUUGAGGUUUUUUUUUUGUUUAGAAGGAGGCAGAUGGUUACUGUAUAGUUGUUUAGCUGCCCAUGAUCUCUUUGUGUCCUACAUGGUCAAUGAACUGGAAUCAAAUGAUAAUUCUUCUGCAAGGAGAAUAAUGAGGGUUUCCAUAAGAGGCUGUUUUUGUUGUUGUUGUAAUUUAGCCCAUUUGGUAUUAUGAUUGCAAGGUCCAUCUGUCAAAGCAAGCAAUUACUUUUGUAUGCACAUUUUUAUACCUGUACUUAAUAAACUUUUAUAUGAAUGUAAUGGU